ACCCUCCGUCAGUGUGUUGCUGAAACGGCAGCAUGAAGCUAGGCCCCGGAGCCCGCAGUCAUGUGCAAACGCUGUGUCCUGCCCUGCUCUCCACUCCUCUCCACCGCUGCCAAUAGCAGACGAGGCAUGAAGAGAGAGAAAAACUGUCUCAGCAUAUACUGGAGUCUCCACCAGUCUGGCAUGCAUGGGCUUAACCUGGUAGAGAACUAUCCAUAUGAAACAGUGGAGAAAGGCUAUGAGUUUGUCCGUCUGGCUUCCAUCACUGCAGAUUCUGAAGUCGGUAUGAGCACAGUGAACCGUUGCCUGGAUGCGGCCAAAGCUUGCAACAUUGAUGAUGUUUGCCAGAGACUGCGCACCGAGUAUGUGUCAACAUGCAUCAAGCCCUCCACCAAAUCGGGUUUGUGUAACCGAUCGAGGUGCAACAAGGCCUUGCGGCGAUUCUUUGACAGAGUUCCUCCAGAGUACACCCACGAGCUGCUUUUCUGCCCUUGCAGCGACAUGGCCUGUUCGGAGAGACGACGACAGACCAUCGUGCCCAGCUGCUCCUAUGAGGGAGAAGAUAAACCCAGCUGCCUCUCGCAGAUGAGGAUCUGUAAGGCAGACUAUGUUUGCAGGUCUCGUUUGGCCCAGUUUCAGUACGACUGCCAGCCAGACGAGCAGUCUGCCACCGGCUGCACACAGGGAAACUAUGCAGCUUGUCUUAUUGCUUACACUGGACUGAUAGGCAGUCCAAUCACCCCAAAUUAUGUGGACAAUUUCACAUCCGAAGUGUCUCCCUGGUGCUCAUGUUCAGCCAGCGGGAAUCUGAAGGAUCAGUGCUCUGACUUCCUGGACUAUUUCACAAACAACGUCUGUUUACGGAACGCUCUCCUGACGUUUGGAAACGGAUUGGACUUCACACCCACUCCCACCCAACUGCUGCGGUUAAACCCUGCCACAGGCAGGGGGCCAUGGAGGACGACGUCUGUGUUUGUCACGCUGGAGACUGAACAGAGCACUCUGAGCCCAGCCAAACCCACACAGGACUCUGUGAAAGUGAGACUUUGGUCUGAGUCCACCCCGUCCUUCGACACACAGCAGAACUCUGCUCAAGCGCUUGCCGUGACAUCACUACCUGUCUGGAUUUGUUUGUUUCUUAGCCUCUUGCUCAGCUGUGACCAGUAAACAGACUAAAGACUUUUGGGACAUCUCUUCUGACAGGCCGAUGGUUUUGGACCAAAUGGAACAUAUUCAGCUCCAGAGCUGGAGAAACCGGCCAUACUGGCCUCAUUUUUUCUGACAUUGAAGUCAUCGUGUUAUCUCUGUUUCUGUGGAACCACCAGUAAAACCUACAGAAUCUGAAUUCGCAAGGCACUUUUGUAGAAAUGAAUGUGGUUAGUCAAACACAAAGGCCAAUGGAAAAUGUACCUGUAAAUAUGUAAAUAAUUUCACCACAGAGUCAAUAUGAAACUGUGCUGUUCAUUCAGAAUUUCAGUGUAAAAUCAUAUUUUUUGAGAGAAAGAGAGAGAGAGAGAGGGAACUUGGUUGGAGCGAAUUCAAAAGACUAAAUCUAACAAGUUUCUAAAGCCCAAAUUACCUUCUAGCACUCCAAAAUCAAUUCCUGAUGAAAUGUGGAGAGGAGUGAAAUGAAGCUUUUUCUUCUUUCUUUUAUAGUUCCUCAUGCAUCAGUUCAACCAUUUGGAGAAGCCCUUGAGGAAAACAGGGAUUUAAUAUCAUUCUGUUCAACUUGACUGAAAAGAAGACAUAGGCUAUUUCUGAUCAAUAAUGGAAUGGUAAAGCCUUUGGGUGGAAGUAAACAAUACUCUUCCCGAGGCCCUCAAAAUGUAGACUGUGCUAUUGGGACAUAAGCUACUUCAACUAACCAAUCUUUAGAUGCUGAUUUGAGACUCGUUCAUCUUAGUUCUGGCAUCUACACAGCUUUGUUUCCUGCCCAGUGCUGUGUCUUUAUGUAUAUUAUGGUAUGUUUAUGAGGAGUCCCGGAGGCUGUGAUCUUGAAUAUGAGAGACUGCGGCCGGAGAGGCAUUUAAGGGGUCCUGCUCAAGGCUUCUUGAUGUUUUUAAGGUAGGCUGGAAAUCUCAUUAUGGAACAUUCUUUGGUUUAUCAUAUGACACUAAUAAAAAGAUGCUGGUUCAUUCAAAGCCUAAUGC